AUGUCGUUUAAUUCAUCCGAUGUCCCAUCAAGCCUUUAUUCGCUGAUCGAUGAGCAAGGCGGCGGGAUAUUGGCGCCGUGGAUCAAAUACGCGCGAUCAUCCGGCGAUUAUAGUAUCCUCGAGGAAUAUUUGGAUACGGCGGUCAAAGCUUAUCUUUACAAUGGCGGAAAGGGGAAGCUGGUGCAAAUUUCGCAAUUAGUAACCAUUCGAAACAAGCAAAGGAACGCGGUGUUGAGUGCAAUUCGACGGAAAAAAGGUCGCGGGAAAAGCGGUCCGAAUAUAUUAGAGCACAUCGAUCAGGAUGCUUUGUCGUCAGGCGAUUUUCUCAAAGCAUUAAAAGUCCUUGAUGGUGGCAUGAUAAAAGGAAGAAGAAGUUUUAAAUACCGCGAAUUGGUGUGGGAUAUGGAUCAGAGAGGACGGCUUGGAGAAAAUCUACUACAUAUUUGUAUGCUAUUGAAUACUGCCGAUAUGAAUGAACUUGUCAAACAGAUGGUUUAUCGAUAUCCGAAAAUUGUUAAUGAUAUUUUCAUUUCUGAGGAGUAUUAUGGUUUAUCUCCUUUGCACCAAGCCAUUGUCAAUGAAGACUUGGAAAUGGUUUAUUUUCUUUGCAAGAAGGGUGCCGACGUGCAUCAGAGAUGCUAUGGCUCAUUUUUUUGUGCCGAUGAUCAGAAAGCGUCUCGGACUGAUUCGCUCGAGCACGAAUGGGUGGAUCUUGUGCAAAGUACAAAAUACACGGGGCAAAUGUAUUGGGGUGAAUACCCAUUGUCGUUCGCGGCAUGCACCAAUCAAUUUGAUUGUUUUCGAUUGCUCAGAGCGAUGAAGGCGGAUCCGAACAUGCCAGAUACGAAUGGAAAUACAGUACUCCAUCUUACCGUAAUCCAUGACCUACCGGAAAUGUUUAUGUUGGCCAUGGAGCUUGGAGCAAAUCUCCAUGUAAGGAAUAACUUGAACUUCACCCCACUUGCUUUAGCAGCGCGAUUGGCGAAGAAAAAGAUAUAUGAUUUAAUUCUUGAAUACAACAUGGAUAUUUCUUGGCGAUACGGACCAGUAGUGUGCAAGGCAUAUCCAAUGGAUGAUGUGGACACAGUCCAGCUGACUGAUGGUUCACUCAACCCAAAUUCUGUACUGGCCAAUGUGGUCUAUGGGGACAAAGUGGAUCAUUUAGAAUUUUUCGAUGGUCUCAUUGAACAAAUUUUGGAUAGUAAAUGGCAAACAUUUGGGAAAAGACAAUUGUUUCGCUCGCUAAGUGGCUACAUUUAUUUUCUGGCGGUGUUCUACACCGCAUUCAUGACAAGAGACGCUCAUCCAUUGCACGUCGAAGACCCCAUCAAACCGAUUGAGGCGGAUUAUACGAAUUUCAGCAGCAUUUUAAGCACCGGGUUAACAUUGAGAGAGCAUUUAUUCAUUCAAAAAACUUUAAUGAAACAACCGUUGCCAGUUCAUUGUCAUUUAUGGGAUUAUUCAAAAGGGACGAAGCAGCGAAUAAGAAUGGUCAGCGAGAUUUUGUGUCUAGUCGCCGUUGUGGUACGAUCCUUUAAGGAUAUGCUCGACGCCCACAGAACAGGAUAUCGACGGUGGUGGUCAACGAUUAGCGCAUUUCCUGAAAAGGUGCUUCACAAAUGCUGCCAAAUUCUUGUCAUUUGCACGCUGCCAUUUCGAUUUGGCUGCGAUGUUCAUGAAAAAUUUCUAGUCAUCGAGAAUUUUCUCGUCGUCUGCAUUGUUUUCAUGAGCACCCUUCAUUUUCUAUUCUAUUGCAGAAGUCUCAAAUUUGUCGGACCAUUCGUCUUAAUGGUCUAUAAGAUCAUUGUUCGAGACAUGCUCCGUUUCCUGUUGAUCUACUCGUUUUUUCUAAUGGGAUUUGCUCAGGCCUUCUUUGUGAUUUUCAAAUCAUGCGAAAGAGCUGAAAUUGACUAUCAGAGGAAACACAAUCUAACAAAUGAUGAUGAAUACGUUGAAAAAUUUGAGAAUAUAAUGCAGGAUGGGACCGAAGCAGUCAUGCGAAUGUUUAUAAUGAGCGUCGGCGAAUUCGGAGCCCUCUACAAAAAUUUGAACGAGUGCAAAUCGAGUAUAGCGCCUCAAGCAAAGAUAUGCUUCAUGCUAUUUGAAUUGAUUGUAACCGUUAUGCUUCUCAAUCUUCUCAUUGCCAUGAUGACCAGAACAUAUGAAAAAAUAGCAGAGACUGAGAAAGAAUGGAAGCGACAGUGGGCGCAAGUGAUUCUAAUGCUGGAGCAGUCGCUCACAUCAUCAGAACGUUUACUUUCCUUAUACCGCUACACUAGGCCUAUAAAGUCUGACAAACGAAUGAGGGCCUUCGUCGUGCGGGAGAAGUCGAAGGAUCGUCCGCCAUCGCUGCAAAAAGAGAGCCAACAACGAAGAAAGCCGUCUGCGAGAUUAUCGAACAACAGCAACAUCCAUAUACUUCAUGUGCUCUCCAAAAACCAAUCAUCAUGA